CCCGGCGCAUCUCUCCUAGCCGCCAUUUUACCCCACCCAAGGCUGAUCGGGGGACUGCUGUUUUAUUGUUUUAUUUAUAUCUGGUAUUUAUUCGUAGAUAUUUAUAUUUCGGCCUCGUCUAGGAUGGUUUGGUAGGGAGUGGAGGCAACUACAGCCGUAAGAUGAAGUUUAACGGAACAUUUGAGUUGUUUUCGAGGAGGUGAAAGGCAAAUUGACAAACUUUUGGGCAUGUGUUUAUUGCACGAGAUCGUCGACAAUUGCUCAUCGACCAAGGGCUGAAGGAAAAAACGGGGUGGGUUCGGUAAAAGAACCCGCCUUUGGACCAAACUGCGUUCAAGCUGGAACUGAUGGAACUGGAGAAUAUUGUCGCCAACACGGUUUACCUCAAGGCCAGGGAAGACUCAAACAAAGGAAAGAGCAAGAAAUGGAAGAAGAUCCUGCAGUUCCCCCACAUUUCACAGUGCAUAUACCUCAGGGACAAAGUUGACAUCUCAUACGGGUAUAUAGUGGAGCAGCAACCCAUUGGUCGGCUUCUGUUCCGGCAAUACUGCCAGACAAAGCCCCACUACUGCAAGUGCAAUGGCUUUCUCGAUGCUGUGGAUGUGUAUGAAUUGCAACUGGAUGAGGACCGUGCUUUGGCAGCACAGGAUGUCUUCAACAAGUAUCUCAGUGAACAGUCGACUGAAUUUGUGGACGUGGUCAAUGAAGAGCUCUUGGAGAGAUGCAAGCAGGGCCUGGCGGAGGCCUCCAAGGACCUGUUUGCCGAGUGUGCCAAGGUUGUCAAGGACUUCCUCACGGGCGGUCCCUUCCACGAGUUUGAGGGCAGCUUGUACUUUGACCGGUACCUGCAGUGGAAGUGGCUGGAGAGCCAGCCCGUGACGGCCAAAACGUUCCGCAUGUACCGCGUGCUAGGCAAAGGUGGCUUUGGGGAGGUUUGUGCCUGUCAGGUGCGUGCGACAGGCAAGAUGUACGCCUGUAAGAAGCUGGAGAAGAAGCGCAUCAAGAAGCGCCGGGGAGAAACAAUGGUGCUGAUAGAGAAGCAAAUCCUGCAAAAGGUCAACUCUCGCUUUGUGGUGAGCCUAGCGUAUGCCUACGAGACGAAGGACGCCCUGUGCCUGGUGCUGACCAUCAUGAAUGGCGGCGACCUCAAGUUCCACAUGUACUCGAUGGGUGGGGAGCCUGGGUUCGAGCCGCAGCGGGCCCGCUUCUAUGCAGCGGAGGUGACGCAGGGCCUGGAGCACCUGCACGCCAAGGGCAUCGUCUACCGGGACCUGAAGCCCGAGAACAUCCUGCUAGACGACCACGGCCACGUGCGCAUCUCGGACCUGGGCCUGGCCGUUGAGGUGCCCGACGAACAGGACGGGGUGCGAGGCCGUGUCGGCACAGUGGGCUACAUGGCACCCGAGGUGAUCGACAAUGAGCGCUACACCUUCAGCCCGGACUGGUUCAGCCUGGGCUGCCUGCUCUACGAGAUGCUGGAGGGCCAGGCCCCGUUCCGGGCUCGCAAGGAGAAGGUGAAGCGGGAGGAGGUGGAGCGGCGGGUCAAGGAGGAGCGCGAGAAAUACUCAGCCAAGUUCAGCGAGGAGGCCAAGGACUGCUGUCAGCAGCUGCUGGCCAAGAGCCCCAGCACCCGGCUGGGCUGCCAGGAGGGCCGGGCAGGGGCCGGCCAGGUCAAGACCCACCCCUUCUUCAAGAGUCUCAACUGGAAGCGGCUCGAGGCCGGCAUGCUGGAGCCGCCCUUCGUGCCGGACGUGAGUCGAGGUGUGCGGGGCAGCCAGGGGCAGGGCUCUGACAGGCGGGUCCCCUUGCAGCCCCAUGCUGUGUACGCCAAGGACGUGCUGGACAUCGAGCAGUUCUCGACGGUCAAGGGAGUGAACCUGGACGCCAGCGACGACUCCUUCUAUAGCCAGUUCAACAUGGGCUCUGUGUCCAUCCCCUGGCAGACCGAGAUGAUCGAGACGGAGUGCUUCAAGGAGCUGAACGUGUUUGGACCCAACCAGAGCCGACCCCCGGACCUGUGCUGGGAGCUGCCUCCGUCGGAGGACCGGCGGGGCUGCUUCCCCUUCCGCAGGAAGCCCCGGGCCCGGGCCGUGGCGCCUCCCAGGGAGGCGGACACAAGCUGAGCACUCCCCCGACUAUGCAGACCAUGUGGCAGUAUUCCAGGCAUAAUUGUUGCACCCACUCGGAGCCCAAACCUUUCAGGGACCCUCGUUUGGUGAAUUGUUUGUGCAACGCUAGUCAUGGCAUUCCUAGUGGGCGGACUACUCCUAUUUAUUUGACCGACCAUGUUGUGGAGUCACCUGGCACCAUUGACACCCGUGUCAUCCUAACAAGCAAAAAUGCCAACCUUGCAUUUGGGUUCCUUCGUAAUUGCAGGCACGUUUGCAAGUCAACCUCAUGGCAAGCCCUCCCUUUGUAAGUGUGUGUUUCAGUGCAGUUGUGAUUGUGCCAUUUACAUUUUUGUAAAUAAUGUCAACCAUGGUAAACUUGACUGUUUUGUGACUCCUCCAAAUAAACUGUCAUCUCUUGGUCACUGGCA